AAUUAAAGUUAUAAAAUUGCAAGAUGAAUAGGAACUUGAAUGGUAUAUAUGCUUAAGCCGCAUGAAGCCAGUUAUGAAAAGCCACGAUCCUCAUAUAGAAUUAUGGAUUAAGAUGCUCACCCUUAGCUGGACUGAUCUUUUUCUAAUCAUUGUGGGACUUGCGUAGAAAAAGGAAAGAAACUGGAUUAUCUGGAGUUCAUAUCUUGUUCAUGUGAAUCAUGUUAAGCAUAUAAUAAUUUAUGACAACACAAACAUUAUAAAAUUGACCUGAAAAUACUAUUCUAUUAGCUACUAAAAUUGUAUGAUUGUUUAAUCAUUAAUGUAUACAAGUGGAGUUGAUGGGUUAGAAUUGGUUAUAGCAGGACACUGCAGUUGGAGAGGAGCCAAGAGAAUAUUUUGUCAAACAUAGAGAACAAUGAAGGCUAUAGUGAUAACAAGUCCAGGAGAGCCAGAAUUGCUGCAGUUACAAGAAGUGGAGGACCCAGAAAUCAAACAUGAUGAAGUCCUCAUCAAAGUUGAGGCUACUGCACUCAAUAAGGGUGAUAUUUAUCAGAGAAAAGGGCUUUAUCCUCCGCCAAAAGGUGCAAGUCUGUACCCUGGUCUUGAAUGCUCUGGCACCAUUGAAUCCGUUGGUAGAAAUGUUUCUCGAUGGAAAGUUGGUGAUCAGGUGUGUGCUCUUCUUGCUGGAGGAGGGUAUGCUGAGAAAGUUGCAGUUCCAGCUGGUCAAGUUCUUCCUGUGCCGUCGGGUGUUUCUCUCAAGGAUUCUGCUUGUUUGCCUGAGGUUGCAUGCACCGUUUGGUCUACUGUCUUCAUGAAGAGUCGCCUAUCUUCUGGAGAAACAUUUCUGAUUCAUGGAGGCUCUAGUGGAAUUGGUACCUUUGCAAUUCAAAUGGCUAAACACCAAGGAGCUAGAGUAUUCAUCACAGCAGGGAGUGAAGAGAAAUUAGCUGCUUGCAAGAAUCUUGGCGCUGAUGUUUGUAUCAAUUAUAAGACACAGGACUUUGCUGCACGAGUAAAGCAAGAAACUGAAGGGAGAGGUGUUGACGUAAUUCUGGAUUCUGUUGGAGCCCCCUACCUUCAAAAAAACCUUGACAGCUUAAAUGUUGAUGGGAGGCUUUUUAUUAUUGGAGCCCUCAGUGGAAUGGCUGCAGAAAUAAACCUCAGUUCUUUGUUUGCGAGAUGCCUGACAAUACAAGCAUCUACUUUGCGAGGCAGAAAUCCAGAAGACAAAGAAAUAAUAGUUAGGGAGGUGGAAAAGAAUGUUUGGCCUGCAAUUAUGGAAGGUAAGGUUACGCCUGUGGUGUACAAGUACUUUCCAGUAUGCGAAGCAGCUGAGGCUCAUAGGCUUAUGGAAAGCAGCAAGCAUAUUGGGAAGAUUCUUCUUUUUCCAUGACUCUACAGGUCUUGAAGUUACAGCUCCAUUGAACUGAAUGGCAAGGUUUUAGACCUCUUACAAGCUUUUGCAACCAGGCACAAUGCUUAAUUGCAUCUAUGGUUUGGAAAUGCAGAAUUUCUGUUAUGACCUUUUCAUUUGAGAAUAAGUGAUAAAUGAAGUACUUUCAUUUUGCUCA